GCAACACAGACGUUCACAGUAUGUCAAUUGGCCUUCUUACGUCAUCUAUACAAACAUUGAAAAGACUGCGUGAAAAUGCUGACAUCUAUAUUCAGACUGUUGGCGAAGGAAUCGAAUCGUUCACAAAGUUUGGAGAAGAUUCGUCGUGGAUACAUAAAAGAAAAAGUCGCAUGCAGCUUUUACGACUAAGUGCUGUCGUAUGUGGUAUAGAACUAUGUUACGCGGCAGAAACUGCUUUUGUAUCACCAAUCUUAUUGAAACUUGGUGUACCUGCUUCUUUAAUGACAUUGAUAUGGUGUGCUAGCCCAUUUCUAGGGUUCUUUCUUGUUCCAUUAUUCGGAUCAUUAAGUGAUAGGUGCAGAUUCCAGUUUGGACGUAGACGACCUUUUAUUUUAAUAUUAUCUGUAGGAAUUAUAUUUGGACUUCUGUUAGUUCCAAAUGGGGAAUAUUUUGGAUUAAAACUUGGUGACAAAGGUACUGCCUCUAUAAAGGAUUUCUUGCUGACAAACUGUUCAUUGCUUAACAAUACACUUGUGCUGAAUUCCAGUAAAGAAUGUGAAGAAGCAUUUGACUUUCAAAAUAGAAACAAUAAUAACACAUUUUCUAUUGGUGGCGCUAAUAAAUCUGAACAUACCUCUGGAUUUUUUCAUUUUAUAAAAAUACCAGAAAACCAUGUAUAUGGAAUCGUUUUAACUAUUAUAGGUGUUGCACUCCUAGAUUUCUGCUGUGAUGCAGCACAGUCGCCAUGUCGUUCAUACCUACUUGAUGUCUGUGUUCCGGAAGAUCACUCCGCGGGACUUACUUCCUUCACGAUUAUGGCGGGAUUUGGUGGUAGUGUUGGUUACAUAAUGGGUGGGAUAAAUUGGAAUGGGUCUGGGCAAUUAGAUGGUUUGGAGGCCCAUGUUCGUAUCGUAUUUGCAGUUGUACUAAUAUUUUUCGUUCUUUGUGUUGCUUUAACAAUCACCAGUUUUAAAGAAGUUCCUUUAAGUGAUAAAAAAGUCACAGUAGAAAAGUUACAGAAGAAAAGAAAGAGGAAAGGAAAAUCAAGGUAUCAAAAAUUUACCAACGAUUCUAGCGAUGACGAUUCUGAAGACGAGGCUAAAGGAAAAACAUUUGAUUAUAAGCCAACUUACGGAAGCUUUCCAAAGGAAAAUGGAAGAUUUGCAAAACAAAAUGGUAAUCACUUACCCUUCGACAAAUCUGAUCCUGUCAACAAAUCGGAACUUCAAGGUCUUCCUAGAAUCUUAGAAAAUGAUGAAGAAAUAGAGAAAGGCCAAGUCUUAGAGGCUGAAUUUGACCGAAUAGACGAAGAAAUGAGAAGACAAUCUAUUUUUAUAUCAACAGAAGUUAGUUUGAAAACGUAUCUGCUGUCAAUAGUUCGUAUGCCAAAAUCUUUGUUAAUAUUAUGCCUAACAAAUUUGUUUAGCUGGAUGUCAUUAGUCUGUUAUUCAUUGUUUUUCACUGAUUUUGUUGGACAAGCUGUCUAUGGAGGAGAUCCAAAGGCACCAGUUGGAAGCAGGGAACAUCAGCUAUACGACGAGGGAGUCCGGGUAGGAUCAUUCGGAAUGUCUUUGUACUCACUUGCUUGUGGAAUAUACUCAAUAUUUAUAGAAAAGCUUGUAGAGAUGUUUAAAGCAAAGAAAGUGUACAUUGUGGGUCAACUGGUAUAUACAUUUGGAAUGAUACUUAUGGCUUGUGCAAGGCAUCAUAUAGCCGUUAUCGUCCUGUCACCAACUGCUGGGAUUAUGUAUGCUACACUCUUUACGAUGCCGUACUUGAUAUUGGCAAACUAUCAUACAAAAACACAGUUUAAUGAAUCAACUGUCAAAGAUAAAGAAGGGCAGACAACUAUACAAGUACGAGGGCUGGGAACAGACGUCGCUGUCGUCAGUAGUAUGGUUUUUCUUGCACAGUUUAUCCUUUCUACAUUCCUAGGCUCCAUCAUUGAUCUUGUUGAUAGUACUGUUACUGUAGUCGUAGCGGCCGCCAUUUUGAGUUUUCUUGGUGCAAUUAGUGCAACUCAAGUUGUAUAUUUAGACUUAUAGAUAUGAAUAGUAAGU